ACGCAAUUCGCCAGCAUGAGCACGACCAAGAAGGACGAGACGAUUGCGGCGCCGCUCGCGCCCAUGAACAGCAUGGCCAUGAUGGCGGCCAAGAUGAAGGACGUCAUGAACCUGCGCAACCUCCGCGGCGUCGUGAGCUUCUUCGGCCUUGGCGAGCCCAAGCCGUUCGAGGUCCCGGCCAAGGAGAUCGCGCUCUCGCGCCUCCGGAAGAACAUGCUCUACUUCGCCACCAACUACAUGCUUGUCGUUGCCUGCGUUGGCUUUCUCUCCAUCUUGAUGAACCCGUUCUUCCUCUUCAUCCUCAUGUGCAUUGCCGCCGGCUGGUACUACGUGGCGCAGAUCACGGCCAACGAGACGGAAGAGAACCCGUUCAAGAUUGGCGGCCGGUCCGUGAGCGCGUCGCAGCGCAACGUGGGCAUGCUCGCUGUGACCGGCGUCCUCGUCGUGUACUUUGGCGGCUCGGUCCUAUUUAGCAUCUUCUCCGUGAGCACGUUCCUGGCCAUUGCCCACGCGUUCUUGCGCAACUCCAACAUCCCCGAAGAAGAGGACGACUUGGGCUUUGACGUCGCCGCCGAAGUCUAGGCUCAUCAUCAAGAUUGCGUCGACAGCCCGAGCACAACGACUCUAUUUUAACGCACCAACACGCCACGCCGUCGUGGCAUCCUCCGCUAGUGUCCUCCUCUAUCUGGACAGUGUGAUUGUUAAUACGCAGCAGAACUCGACCAUCCUGGGCAAAACGCUUGCGCUGGCACUGGCAAUGUUACUGACAGCACGUUGGCUUGGCUGGACCCUGGAUACGCGUCCUCUUGACGAGCGUGUCUCUACUUG